CGUAUUAAGAAAUAUUCCCUGUAAUCGAGAGCAAGGGAGGGACAGUCCUGACAAACCACAUCAGAGAAAUUACCCAGCUUCGACUUUCCUGCAGCUCUCAUCUCAAGACAGACUGGAGACAUGAGUUCUCUGCUGCAGUACUGCACGGCACUGUGUGCCAUCCUCGCUCUCGGACUCUGCUACUCUGAUUCUCAAGAGAGCCAAGAGUCUUUUGAAGAUUUAUUUGUCAGUCCAUCCCGUGCCAAUUCAUUUAUCCCACCCAGAGGUGGAGGUGGCUUCAUCAGUCCACCCAGAGCCGACCCCAACUACAACUACAACUACAACAGACGGAGAGUGAAGUCCCCAACAGAGAUUCGCUCGGAGAUCUGUGAGGACUACAAUCCAUGCCGACUCCUUGCUCUUCGCUAUGGAUACCCGCAGGCCUAUCAGACAUACUUUGGGUCUCGGCAACCUGCGGCUGCGGCUGCUGCGGCGGCUCCGGCGGCUCCAGCCCCUGCUCCUGUCAACUACCGCGCUGCUCCUGUCAACUACCGCGCUGCUCCUGUCAACUACCGCAGAUACUGAGCUGCUGCCUCAGAACCUCUAACAUAUUCUAAUCACAUUUAUGAUGGGUGCAGUUUUCUGUAAGCUUAAUGGGCUGUGAAUUCCUUUGACAAACGCCAUUGGUGAGGUCCUAGACGACUGGAGACUAUCAUGUAAUGCACAUGUUGAAAUGAAAUGCCACUAGUGGACACGUGGAUGUGACUUUAUCAUGUGGUUCAUGGUUUAAGGGAGGCCUCAGAGAGGGGCUGAAAAAAAUACUGAUGCUUCAGACAAAUGCCCUUAUCCCUUUUAAAUGAGUAUUCUUUUAUUCUGAUGUAUAUUAUUUCUACACUGUCCACAUCUCUACAGUUGAAGUGCAUUUGUUUUGUGGCACAUCAAAACUAUUUUAUUCAAAACCACAGUGUGACUGUGCUUUCAUCCAUGUCAUCAAAUAAAUAAUGGUUGAAAAGAAA